AUGUUGCAGUUUGCAACAAGACGCGUUCCAGCGAGCGUGCUUCGUCUGCGCGGAGCAUUCGCCUCGUCGAUUGCUGGGCCCGGAUUGCCCUCCUUCGUCGACGUGCAUCCCGAAGUACAGGAUGCUCUAGCGCACAACCGUCCUCUCGUUGCACUAGAGACCACCAUUGUCACACACGGUAUGCCUCAGCCGACCAACCUCGAGACCGCACGCUCUGUCGAGCGUAUUGUAAGAUCCACUGGGAGUGUUCCUGCAACAAUCGGGGUGAUUUCGGGGCGCGUUAAGAUUGGGCUUGAACCAGCUGAGCUCGAAUAUCUGGCUGACGUGAAGCAGAAUUCGGGGGUGGUCAAGCUUUCGCGGAGGGAUAUUGGGCCUGCUAUCGCAAUGAAGCGGGAUGGUGGCACCACCUGCAGCACGACCCUCAUAUUUGCAGCGCUCGCAGGCAUCAAGAACUGCAAUGGCAGGCUAGGCGGUGUCCACAGAGGCGGGGAAAAUUCUAUGGACGUUAGCGCUGACCUUCACGAACUCACCCGAUGCCCGGUCGGCCUUGUAUCCGCCGGUGUCAAAUCCAUCCUCGACAUUGGCAGAACUCUGGAAUACCUAGAAACUCUCGGUGUUCCGGUUUUGACAUACGGAGAAAACAACGAGUUUCCGGCAUUUUACAGCCCCCAGAGCGGUUUUAAGAGCGCAUGGUCCGUAAAUGAUCCCUACACCGCGGCUAGGAUCUUGCAUUCGCAAGCUGCUUUGAACAUGACCACCGGAGCACUCUUCGCGGCACCCAUUCCAUCAGCCUACCACGGCGUCGGAGCAGAGCUUCAGGCCGCCGUGGAACAAGCCGUCAGGGAAUCGGAAGAGAACGGCAUGAGCAAGCGAGGGAAGGAGGUCACGCCAUGGCUUCUGGCGCGCGUCGGCGAUCUGACUAGGGGCAAGUCUCUGGCGAGCAACGUGGCUCUCAUCGAAAACACGGCAAAAAUAGGUGGUCAGAUAGCCGCAGCAUACUCGCAAUUGGUUGGCGGAACCGAGACAAGCUUUACAGGUUCCGCCAAGUUGGCUGUCGUAGGUUCCGCAGCUGUUGAUAUUACGGCAAGACCUCGCUCAGACUCCGAGGUCGCCCUCGGAACACAUAGCACCGCCCCCGGCAUGGUCAAUAUAUCUUUAGGUGGUGUCGCCCGCAACAUGGCCGAGGCCGCACACCGUGUUAUCACCUCACGAGCUCCCCAAGAAACGUCUGCCACAGCACUAAUAUGCGGCAUUGGCCAUGACUCUUUCGGACGUCUGAUAAAAGACGAGACGCAGCUUCUUGGAAUGCGGACAGAUGCGUUUGUCCAAAGCGACCAAAGUCGCAGUGCAGUGUGCAAUAUGCUCUUAGACGUUCAUGGAGGGCUGAUGUCUGGCAUCGCGGAUAUGGAUAUCACAGAGCAGUUGACGGGCGAGCAGGUUUUGCAGGAGCUGCAGCGAUUGAGACCUUGCGUAGUUGCGCUGGAUGCGAAUUUGGCCCCGUCAACCUUGGAUGCGGUCAUCCGAUACUGUCAGAGGGAGGGCAUUACUUGUACCGAGCCCACCUCCGUGCCGAAGUCCACGAGGAUAUUGCCGGGAAUUGCGACCAGCCUUUCCAGAUGUGCUGCGUCAGGUCCUUCCCCGGUGUCCUUUGCCUCGCCCAAUCUCCUGGAGCUAGUUCACCUUUACGCCGCCGCCAGAGCGGAUUCGCCAGAGCUGACUAGUCAUAAUUACUGGUGGGAUGCAGUCCACAGCUUCAAGAUCGGCGGAGAGUUUCGAAUGGACCUUGAGCACCUUGCUAGGCGGAACGUCACCGAGGAAGACUCUUCCAAGGGCACCCUCUCCUUCCUCGUUGAGAAGGGCAUCGGGCAGAUGGCCAUCAAUAUGUUGCCAUUCUUCGGCGGACUCGUCAUUAAGUGCGGCGACAAAGGCAUUAUUGUUGCGAUGCGUAUCCGAGGGAGAACGGCCUGGAGCUCCGAGCGAACGAAUCUAGCGGGGAGAUACGUGGUUGCGCAUGGGGAUGACUCCGUUGUGGUGCUCAAGCAUUGCCCGGGCAUCGUUGUUCCGCCAGAGAGCAUCGUCAAUGUCACAGGCUGCGGUGAUUCCUUGGUGGGAUCGCUCCUAGCGGACCUCGCAAUGAAUCCUGCGGUCCUCAACGACCCGGACGGUUUGGAAGGGACUAUUUCUAGGGCUCAACGAGCUGCAGUAUUGACACUGCAGAGCGUCUAUGCUGUAUCUCCGAAGUUAUGA